AUGAAGGUUCUGGUCGCACUGUCCGCUGUCCUGGCGCUGGGCGCUGCCCAGUACUCGCCGGUUGGGUACCCGUACUACGGGUACAGCCCGGUGAGCUACUACGCCGCCGGCGCGUACAACCAUUACGCUCCGACGGUGUACAGCGCGGCGCCAGCCGCUACCGUCAGCUCGCAGUACCACGCUCAGGAUGAGCUGGGCCAGUUCAACUAUGGGUACGCCGGAGGCCCGUCUGCCAAGAACGAGUUCAGGAGGUUCGAUGGCGCCACCGUUGGCAGCUACAGCUACAUAGACGCCAACGGCAAGGUGCAGACCGUCUCCUACACGGCCGACGAUGUCAACGGCUUCCAGGUGAAGGCGACCAACCUUCCUGUGGCCCCGGAGGCGAACCUGCAGGCGCCCGAGUUCAACCUGGAGGCGCCCGUGUUCGACGGCGUGGCUCCCGAGCCGGUGCAGGACACGGCCGAGGUGGCCGCCGCCAAGGCCGAGUUCCGCAAGAAGGCUGCCGAGGAGGAGGCGGCCGUCGCCCCUGCCGAGCGUCGCCGUCGCAGCGCUGUGCUUCUGCCCGCCCUGGCCAAGGCCACCUUCAAGACCGCAACUCUGGAUAAGGUGGAGGCCGACACCCCGGCCGACACCACCCUGCUGAAGGUCACCGAGAAGGAGCACGAGACGUACGUGCCCAGCGUGGUCUCUUACGCCGCCCCCGCCGUCCACUACACCGCCCCCGUGGUCUCCUACGCUGUCCCCGAGGUGAAGAAGGUUGAGGUCAAGCAUGUGGCCUCUCCCAUCACAUACGCUGCCUCUCCUCUUCCCCUGGCCUAUGGCCUGCACCCGUACGGCUACGGUGCCCCUCUCAUCUACAACGUGGAGGCUAAGGAGGAGACUGCCGCUGUCGAGGAGGCUGCCGAGGAGGAGCCGGCCGUCGUCGCCGCCGAGCGUCGCCGUCGCAGCGCCGUGCUUCUGCCCGCCCUGGCCAAGGCCACCUUCAAGACGGCCACCCUGGAUAAGGUGGAGGCCGACACCCCGGCCGACACCAGCCUGCUCAAGGUGACUGAGAAGGAGCACGAGACGUACGUGCCCAGCGUGGUCCCUUACGCCGCCCCCGCCGUCCAUUACACCGCCCCGGUGGUUUCCUACGCUGUCCCCGCAGUGAAGAAGGUUGAGGUCAAGGCAGCCCCCAUCACCUACGCUGCUAACGCCUUCGCCUACGCUGCUCCUGCUAUCACAUACACCACCCCCGUGGUCAAGAAGGUUGAGGUUAAGCACGUGGCCUCUCCCAUCACGUACGCUGCCUCUCCUCUUCCCCUGACCUAUGGCCUGCACCCGUACGGCUACGGUGCCCCUCUCAUCUACAACGUGGAAGCCAAGGAGGAGAGUGCCGCUGUCGAGGAGGCUGCCGAGGAGGAGCCGGCCGUCGUCGCCGCCGAGCGUCGCCGUCGCAGCGCCGUGCUUCUGCCCGCCCUGGCCAAGGCCACCUUCAAAACAACCACUCUGGAUAAGGUGGAGGCCGACACCCCGGCCGACACCACCCUUCUCGAGGUCACCGAGAAGGAGCACGAGACGUACGUGCCCAGCGUGGUCUCUUACGCCGCCCCCGCUGUCCACUACACCGCCCCUGUUGUUCGCUACGCCGUCCCGGAGGUGAAGAAGGUUGAGGUCAAGACGGCCCCCAUCACCUACGCUGCCUCUCCCCUUCCCCUGACCUAUGGUCUCCACCCGUACAGCUUCGGCACUCCUCUGAUCUACAACGUGGAGGCCAAGGCUGCUGAAGUCGAGGAGAAGGCUGAAUAAACAGUUUUUCCAUCUAAACAUUGAACGGCAGACAGCUGCGUUCGUUACAUGUCUUGUCCUGUCUUCCAUACUGCAGCGUCCGUUGUUCCAGUUGUUGACAUGUGUCCAUGUGUGAUAUGCUUCGGCCAUUACCCGUCGUGAUUGCACCAUUCGUCAUGCUUCCAGUAACUGGGAAUACAAGGUUCACGUCCUAUGUA